AUAUAAAACACACCCAUCAGAAAUGUUAGGUUGUGGGACUUCAGUGAUGUUUUCUUUCACAUCUCGUAUUAGCGCCGAGAAACAGCGCUUAGCCAGCCCGCUGUAGAUCGUAAUUUAAAAUGUUUUGGUUAUUAUAGCUUCGGAAUAUAUUAAAAUCAACAUAUUUUGCAUAACAUUCUCUGCGGUUAAGCACAAGGGAGGCGGAUUGGUUUGGGCUGUGUUUCUAUGGAGAGUCUGUCAAAAACAUCGGCUGCUGCUGCUACGCGGGAAAAGGAGCUGAGCGUACCACCCCCACCCACGGUCAGCGGAGCCGUAUCUGACAGCCUGUCCCUGGCUUCCUAUAAAGACUAUCCUGUUCACCGUCCGUUUAUCAACACGGCGCAAACGCGCAGGCAUCACUCAGGUCGCCUGUCAGCGCCCGUCAAGGCCUUUCCUGAGACUAGCAGUGCAGUGAUCUUGUCUGGUUUGAGGAGUCUGCAGGAGAAGAUCAGGAGGUUGGAGCUGGAGAAAGAUCAUGCAGAGCUCAGUCUGCGUUCUCUGGGGAGAGAUGUAUCAUACACUCCUCGCCAGAGUGACAACAUUACACACAGACUCUUAAAUAACCAGACAGACACACACAAAGAAUCGAGGGACCCUUCCAACUGUAACCAAGUGCUGAUCACCCACCUGGCUGCUGCAGAGUCUCGCUGUGUGAAGCUGGAGCGCCAGCUGGAUCACAUGAGGAGGAUGCUGCACAACGCCAAGGCAGACAGGACCAGCCUCCUCAAACAGCAGUGUCAGGUUUCCAGGGAAACUGCCAAGUCAGCCCAUCAGCAGCAGGGCACAGUGUCUGAGCACGCCCAACUGGAAAAGCUAGAGCGGCUGGAGCAGGAAUAUCUCAGGCUGACGCGCACACAGAACAACACUGAGAUAAAAAUUAAUGAGCUGGAGCUGAAACUGCAGGAGGAGAAGCUUCAGAGGAGGCUGAUCCAGGAUCAGGCCCAACGGCUGCAGAGUGGCUUAGAGGCCAAUCGGAUCCUGCUGCAGUCCGUGUCACCGCGUCGCUCCUCCGCAGAGAACAAAGAGAAAACGUCCAACGCAAAGAAAUCUUUUAAGCAGCGGUCGUCCCACACAAAGCCACACUACAGACUGAGCUUCAGAGAUGUACCCUUUGUUGCUGGAAUGUCAGCGGGCUGCAGCCACUCGGUCAGAGCGAAUGUGCAGUCCGUCUUGUCUCUCCUGAAGCAGCACCAGCCUCACCUCUGCAACAGCCGUGUCCUGUGCAACAACGCAAAGGCCCACGACUCAGGAGGAAGCAGCGGGCAUUCAGACAGCGAGUCCUCGUCCUCCACCAGCUGUGGGGAGGAACUGUCGGAGCUGCUGCUAGCGCUACAGGACGAGCUGCGACUCAUGACCAUGGAACAGGAUGAAUUGAUGAGGCAGGUGGAGGACAGUGUAUCUGAUGAGGAAAGAAGAGAACUUCAGAGGGAGCAGGAGAGGCUGCUGUUGAAAAUGGAAAGAAAAGGCGAGCAGAUCAGUAAGCUGCUCAAACACAAAACCCAGAUGAAGAAGUUAAAAAAGGAAGCGAUUUCUAGACGGAGCAGUAAAAAUGAGGUGAAGGUGACAAACGGCAUGUCCACCAGAGGGCGCUCUGCAGCAGCGGUCCGACUCAGUCCAGGAGAGCGGAGCAGGAGGAAUCUGAGGCUGCUGAGGGACAUGAAAGCUCUGCAGACAUCUUUAGGGACGUGAAUCCCAGCAGCACAUUAGCUUAACCUUGGUGCUCUCCUACAUUCCUGAGGUCAGUGUGUCAGCAUUAACACAGCUAUAGACUGACAGCACUACAAGCACGUCAACUUGUAUAAAAAUCUUCUUGAAAAUCUUUUUUUUUUUUAAAGACUGUACGUUGGGAUGAGAAGAAAACCUUCAGGCAUAUUUCUAUAUAUUUCAAAGAUCACCUAAGUUGCUUCUGUCAGAAACAGUUCAACUCUUUUGGUACUAAUAUUCAUGAGUUGCUUCAUUGUUUCUCAGAUCAUGGAUACUGUAGAUAAAUUGAUAAAGUGGAUGACAAAUCAGCCAUCGGUAUUUUUAAACAUUAUUUUUCUGUGUGAAAGCAUUUGGCUGAGAAAUAAAAAUGUGCACAGACCAACGGG